CUCGGCACCGUUCCUGCUACUUGUAUCUGGCGGGGACGUGACCAAUUCUCCACAAGACUUCCCUUACUUCGUGGCAGCAGCGUCGGAGAACAGCGUUGCUCCGUCGGUGAACGUCCGUCCGAUGUCCCGGGUGCCGCGAAUCACUUUUCAGGUCGUUCCCCGACGGUUCCUAACAGUUUUUUUGUUGUUUACUGGCCCGGAACUUUCCGUCAGCCCCCUGCGUGUUCCAGAGGUUGGGGACAUCAUUCGGAGCGGCGUCAGGUUCCGGUCGAGAUGGCGGCGGCGGGGGUUCUGCGCCUUGGCAGGUUCGUGACCUUCAUCUCCAGACCCAGUUCGCUGCUUGCUAAUCAAUCACGGUGUCUUCACCAGACCACAGUAACAGAAAAUGCAGGCAGCUCUGCAUUAGCAAAAGAAUCGAAAGCUGCAUUGCCCACCAAGAAGUUCUCGCUUCCCAGCAACAAGGGGGAGUUUGUCAUCACGAAACUGGAUGAGCUAAUAAAUUGGGCCCGACGAAGUUCUUUGUGGCCCAUGACCUUUGGGCUGGCCUGCUGUGCUGUUGAAAUGAUGCAUAUGGCUGCACCCAGGUACGACAUGGACAGGUUUGGCAUCGUCUUCCGUGCUAGUCCCCGGCAGUCGGAUGUUAUGAUUGUGGCUGGUACCCUCACAAACAAAAUGGCUCCAGCCCUUCGAAAGGUUUACGAUCAGAUGCCUGAACCUCGUUAUGUCGUCUCCAUGGGCAGCUGUGCAAAUGGUGGUGGUUAUUACCAUUACUCCUAUGCUGUGGUGAGGGGCUGUGACAGAAUUGUGCCAGUGGAUAUUUAUGUCCCAGGCUGCCCACCCACAGCAGAAGCACUGCUGUAUGGAAUGCUGCAGCUCCAGAAGAAAAUAAGAGGGAACGAAGGAUAAGCAUUUUGGUAUCGAAAAUAAAUAAAUGGUACAACUGCAACUAGUAUUUAUGAAGUUUGUGGAUGACGAUCUGACGCUGUGGUGGAGAGCGACCUCUUUGCAUUGAGAUAUCAUCUAUAUCAAUGUCCUAUAAAAUUUGUUUUAAAGUUGAA